CUAGAUCCGUGGCUGAUCAGAGAAAUGGACUCAUGUCUUUCGAACAUUUGGUUGAACAAAGAUGUUGAUGCUUUUCCUCAGCUGUUUAACUUGAUACUGACAGAAAAUGUUAGUGUUGAUUACAGACAUAGUGAAACAGGCGCAUCUCCCUUGAUGUUGGCAGCGGGACAAGGAUUUUUGAGUCAGGUGGAACAGCUUAUUAGCAUGGGAGCCAAUAUUCACAGCAAAGCUUCAAAUGGAUGGAUGGCUGUGGACUGGGCUAGGCACUUUGGGCAGACUGAAGUUGUGGAUUUGCUGGAGUCCUACAGUGUUUCACAGGAGCCAAACAGUUUGGAUGAAACAUCUCUGGUCCAGGCUGGUGGAAGUAACCUAAGUGAAGAGGAGCAGGAACUCCUCAAAGCGUACCACCAUAGCUUUGAUGAUGAAAGGGUGGACCUUGAUUUGAUAAUGCAUGUGCUUUAUAACAUUUGUCAAAGCUCUGAGUCAGGGGCCAUACUAAUAUUUCUUCCGGGUUAUGAUGAGAUUGUAGGAUUAAGGGAUCGCAUUUUGUUUGAUGACAAGAGAUUUGCC